CUGUAACCUUCCCGACACCUGUGUUCUCUCCCCGCAGAUGUGCACCCCCAGCAACACACCUGCCACGCCACCCAACUUCCCUGACGCACUGGCCAUGUUCUCCAAGCUUCGUGCCUCCGAGGGCUUGCAGAGCAGCAAUAGCCCCAUGACAGCCGUGGCCUGCUCCCCCCCUGCAAACUUCAGCCCCUUCUGGGCCUCGUCCCCACCCAGCCACCAGGCCGCUUGGAUCCCACCCUCCUCCCCCACGGCCCACAGCUUCCACCACCUCCACCACCCGCAGCCCACGUGGCCCCCCGGAGCACAGCAAGGGGGCUCCCAGCAGAAAGCCAUGGCUGCCAUGGAUGGCCAGAGAUGAGACUUGGAUGCCGCCAGGCACUGGGCUGGAGCUGGGGGGCAGUCCAGGCUUGUGGGGACACAGGAGGGCCGGGGU